UGGGGGACUCUUGGAGCAAGGACGUGGAGGGAGGAGCGCGUUAGGGUUUUGGGUUUGCACGGUCGGAUCUAGCCAUGGAAUGUGGAUCGUCGCUCGCGGGAUCGCUCUCGGCUGCGCUGUGCCUGCCUCACAGAUUCCGCGCCCGGGGAGGAUGCGCCAGGAAUGUGUCCGUGAGAGCGGCAAAUUCCGGCUCUCGGGGGGGCGUGACUUGCAGCUAUGACCAGGAGAAGAUUUUGGUGGCCAACAGGGGCGAGAUCGCGGUGCGUGUGAUCCGGACGGCGCACGAGAUGGGAAUUCCCUGCGUUGCCGUCCACUCCACCGUCGACAGGGACUCGCUGCAUGUCGAGCUCGCGGACGAGGCCGUGUGUAUCGGCGAGCCAGCCAGUGCCAAAUCCUACCUGAACAUUCCAAAUCUGCUGUCCGCCGCCAUGACCCGCAAUUGUACCAUGCUCCAUCCCGGAUACGGGUUCUUGUCCGAGAAUGCGAAGUUCGUGGAUAUGUGCAAAGAUCACGGCUUGAACUUCAUCGGCCCAAACUCUGAUAGCAUUCGAACAAUGGGAGACAAGGCUACUGCUCGAGACACGAUGAAAAAGGCCGGGGUUCCCACUGUUCCUGGAAGUGAUGGCCUGGUCGAGACUACCGAAGAAGCCAUUCGUCUCGCUCACGAGAUUGGUUUCCCAGUCAUGAUCAAGGCUACGGCUGGCGGUGGUGGUCGUGGUAUGCGACUAGCAAAUGAACCCGAAGAGUUUGUCAAGCUUUUGCAGCAAGCUCGCAGCGAAGCGGGAGCUGCAUUUGGCAACGAUGGAGUGUACCUGGAGAGGUACAUCAAGAAUCCCCGGCACAUCGAAUUCCAGGUCCUCGCGGACAAGCAUGGAAAUUGUAUACACCUUGGGGAAAGGGAUUGCAGCAUUCAGAGGAGAAACCAAAAGCUUUUGGAGGAGGCACCAUCGCCGGCUCUAACACCAGAGCUGCGCAAGGCCAUGGGAGAUGCGGCGGUGGCUGCUGCUGCAUCCAUUGGUUACGUUGGCGUUGGAACCAUUGAGUUUUUGCUGGACGAGAGUGGAUCCUUCUACUUCAUGGAGAUGAACACACGUAUCCAGGUCGAGCAUCCCGUCACGGAGCUCAUCUCCUCUACUGAUCUCAUCGAGGAGCAAAUUCGAGUUGCUCUGGGGGAGGAACUUCGAUACAAACAGGAAGAUAUUGUCUUGAAGGGCCACUCUAUCGAAUGCCGAAUCAAUGCAGAGGAUGCCUUUCAAAACUUCCGGCCUGGACCAGGCCGUAUAACAGGCUACGUUCCUCCAGGAGGCCCCUUCGUGAGAAUGGAUAGCCACCUCUAUCCAGACUAUGUUGUUCCUCCCACCUAUGAUUCUCUCCUCGGAAAGCUGAUCGUCUGGGCACCAACACGGGAGAGAGCUAUUGCUCGCAUGCAGCGAGCGUUGCAAGACACCAUAAUCACAGGGGUCCCGACUACAAUUGACUAUCACAAGCUUAUCCUGGAGAUUCAGGACUUUAAGGACGGAAAGGUUGACACAGCUUUCAUUCCCAAGCACGAGGAGGAUCUCGUUGCUCCAUGAUCCUCUCCAAUGUUUUGUAGCUGCAGUUUCUCGAAACUUAUUGACACUUAAAUAUUCAUAAAUCAUUUGUUUCUUCUGCGAUAGUAAACUUCAAAAUUUCCAUGAGUAA